AUGGAAAGUUAGUCCUGACGCAGAAGGGCCAUCAGCUUAAACAGGCAACGCCCAGGAGGCUGACAUAUCAGUCCAGACUACAAAAUCAUGCUGCUGAGGACUAGCACUUAUCUUUGGAGCUACAGAGACGCAACGGAACUAUAAAUAGAUUCAAGGAUGAGAAACGUCCGCAUCAAAGCUCUCUUGCUGGCAGGAGCUCUUGGGCUGUUUGUCCUCCAUCUCUUUAAAGAUUUUACUGACAACAAAACCUUCAGCCUCGGAGAAGAUGUGAGGGAAGACAAACGUCAAAUAAAGCAACUGAUAAAACAAAACACCUAUGUGUAUUCCUGGCCAAAAUGUCAACAAAACAUGUCUGCUGCCAACAUCACAGGCUUCAAAAGUCUUCCUCAGCACAUCCAAGACUUUCUCUAUUAUAGACAUUGUCGCCAUUUCCCCAUGCUACUGGACCUUCCUGACAAAUGUGGAGGAGCGGCUAAAUCUGCAGAAGUCUUCCUUCUGCUGGUCAUUAAAAGUUCCCCUGGCAACUACGACCGUCGAGAGGUGCUGCGUAAAACCUGGGCUAAAGAGAGGUUACACAAUGGUGUGUGGAUCCGAAGGAUAUUCAUCUCAGGGACCACAAAUACUGGUUUUGAGAAAGAGAGACUGAACAAACUACUUGAGGUGGAGCAACGCGAGUACAAUGACAUCAUCCAAUGGGACUUUAGUGAUUCAUUCUUCAACCUCACUUUGAAACAGAUCCUCUUCCUUGAAUGGAUGGAACGAAACUGUCCAAACGCUCGCUUUCUGCUUAAUGGUGACGAUGACGUCUUUGCCCACACAAAUAACAUGGUUGAGUAUCUCCAAGGCCUAAAGGACAACGAUGGAAACAAACACCUCUUUGCUGGCCAUUUGAUCUAUAAUGUGGGGCCCAUAAGAGCAUCUUUUAGCAAAUACUAUAUCCCAGUUCAGGUGCAGGAGUCAAACUCAUAUCCCUCUUAUUGUGGUGGUGGGGGCUUUCUCCUGUCUGGUUAUACAGCUAUGGUUAUAUACAACAUGUCUCAGUCCAUUACCAUUCUUCCCAUUGAUGAUGUUUACAUGGGGAUGUGCCUGGCCAAAGCAGGAUUGAGUCCUGCUUCUCAUAUGGGUGUGAAGACAGCAGGACUGUACAUGCCCUCGAGAAAACUUGAUGUUUAUGAUCCUUGCUUUUAUCAAGAUGUUUUACUGGUGCACAGAUUCCUUUCAUCUCAAUUGUAUCUUAUGUGGAACAGUUUAAACGAUCCCAAUCUGAAAUGUUUUCCCCAAAAAACCUUAAGCAGCACCAAAAUGUAGCUUACAGGCUGUGAAAGAAGCUAAUAGACUCUUUUCUUCCUGCACCUGCUCUUUGGAUGUUAGAUCAGGCAAGACCGUUUUAUACCAUUGUUCAGCUGCAGGUUGAAGCACAGUUCAAAGGAACUUUGUAUCUAAACAACGUUGGCCAGCAGUCAAUCUGACUCACAUGCAGUAGGUAGUGUAGAUUUUUCCCCAACUGGGUGCUUUCACUGGAUUUAAAAAUUGGGUGGCAAAACUUGCUUUUUGUCAUUGUUGGCUACAUCUAACUAACAGGUGCAAUUCACAUAAUGCAAAGUGAGAACAUUUUUGACAGAUAUGAAUGUAAAUUCCAACUUGACAAAAGAGGAACAGGUAAAGGGGUAUAUAACAGAGAGGAAUUUCUAGUUUCAGUAUGUGCCUGUUUAUUUUCCUCAUCAAAAGAUUAAUAUAUAUUUUUGUGCCUUACAUCAGUUCUUCUUAACCAUAAACAUUUUUUUAAAUUGAAGAAUGUACUGUGAAAUCUUUUCUCUUAAUAUUUAUAUUGAAUAUAUAAAGGUGUCUGUAAUAAGAAUAUUCAUGUAAGAUUACUGUAGGACUUUGUGAGGUGGAAAAAGUUGAUUUUCGUGUUUUUAAAAUCUAUUUAAAAGUUUUAUUUGUUAUGAACUUGUAUUUGAUUUUCUAAUGGUUUGUGUUAGUGGUAUAUUUGUGUUGUUUAACCUUUUUUCAGGGUAAUCCUGAUAUGCACUUUGUAUUUACACAUGUAGGCGGGAGUCCUGGGCACAGUACUGUAUACAUUCCAACACCAAGUCAUUUUUUGCGUGUCAUCUCAAAUGAAAGAAAAUUAAUGAGUAGCUCAGAUAAAGGACACAGGACUUUUUUGCAUAAUAUUGCUAACCUGUAGGAACUUCCUGUUCAAAAGCUAUCAGCCAGAGAACAUGAAGGGGAAACAGACUUCCGUUGCAGCAGCCAUCAACUCACAUGGGAAAUCAGUGUCUCUUCCUGUCCAGUUACUAUGCAAGAUUCAGGAUGUUGUUAGACCCACUACUACGGUUACUUUCUGCAGGGAUGUCUUCCUCUUAAAAUAGAAGUUCUAGACCCUAGAUCUCUUUUUCCAUACAGUUUUACCUGCUUGUUUCCUGCCCUUAUUUACAUGUAGUUUGGUGAAUGUAAUGACUUCUAACUGUGUAGCACAAUCCAAAAAGAAUAAGAUGAUUACUUUUUUGGGGAUGCAUUGAAUUGAAUGUUAGGGUUUAAAGUAUGACUGGUUUCUACAAGGAAUAUGGAACUGUGGUGCCCUCUUCUAUCCAAAAUCUGUUUAUGCAGUAUGACUACACAUUCCACAAAUAAUGAACAUGCAGACAACAGUUUCAGCUAAAUUGUACUUUUACUAUUGUACCUUGUUGAAAAUAUGUACAAUUACAAUAUUCAGGAAAACCUUUCUACUGAUGACAGGUUGUUUAAUAUUUGUAUCUCAUUGUACUUCAGCAGUGAUGUUAUGUGUCAUUUAAGAUUGCAAAGAGAACAAGGAAAUAGGGAACCCUCUUGUGGACAAAGAGAAAACCGCAGAAAAAACACUUUUUCAAAUAUUUUUCUAAGAAAGAAAAAUUAUAUUUCAUCUAAAAUGUAACAUGCGAGGAUUGUGGCACAUUUUAUGUUUUUUUUUUUAUUGUAUUGCCUAUUUUAUUGUUUUUUUUCUAUUUAACUAAUUUAAUAAUUGUUUGUCCGGUGGAGGGGGCUUCUGCAAUUGUAUAAACAAAAUAAAGCUGAAUCUUAAAGCUUGAAGAAAUAAAAAGAAAUAGGAAAACGUAUUUGCGCUGAUUUAAGAAAGUAGUUGCAUUUGUAUUAACCCACAAAAUAAAUUGGCACAAUAUGCAACACAAAUGCAAGUUAUGGAGCAAAAUGUAGUAGCCUAGUAUGGUAAUGUCUAUAAAGUGACCAACACAGAUACACAUAAUACUGCAGCAAAAAUACAAAAUUAGCAAGUACACAAGUGCUGCCCUUUUGUCAUGUAAAUAUCUUGGAUUAAUCACUCAGGAAAAUUACAUUAAACCUGUGCAACGGCUGAAUGUUUAAUAUGGGUGAGGCAUGAAUGAAAAUCAAUUACAUUACAUUUCUUAAGCCGAUUCUUUCAUCCAAAGUUAAUUACAACACGUGAAUUUUAAAAUGAUUAAUUUCUCAAAUCAGUUUAUAUUUCAACAGAGGAGCCAUAAGACAUAAGGUACAUUUAUUUAAUUAUUGUAUUGCCGGAUGUGAAGAAGGUGUAGUAGUAGCCCAGUCAUCAGAGGAGGGAGAAGUACUCAGAACUUGUACUUGAGUAAAACAAGUAAAAUGCAGGACUAAAAGUUCAAAAUAUAUUUAGCAUCAAAAUAUACUUAAAGUACCAAAAGUAAAAGCACUUAUUAUGCAAAUUGGUCCAUUUCAGAAUAAUAUAUAUUAUGUUUUGAUUAUAAUUAUUGAAGCAUUAAAGUGUUAUCAAGUAUAGUAUAGAUGCAGCUAGUUUAAUUACUUUGUAUACUGCAGGGUAGCUUGUGAAUUUACUCCAGGUGUAACUAAAGGCUUAUGUAAGUGUUGAUUAUGUUUCACACGAUUAAUCCAAAUCUGUAAAGUAACUAAAGGUAUUAAAUAAAUGUAGUGGAGUAAAAGCACACGAUUUACCUCUAAGUUGUAGUGGAGUAGGAAAGUAUGAUAACGGAAAUAAUCAAGUACCACUAUCUCAACAUUUUACUUAAGUACAGUAGGCUACUUAAGUAAAUGUAGGACUUCCCCUUUGCUAGUCAUUGUUAUUUUGUUUUUUAUAUUUGAGAACUUAAUCCAUGUUUUUGGCUCAUGCCUCAGUUUAUGUAUAUCGUAUAUUUUAAAUAAACGCCUGUAAGAGCUCUUAGUUUUAAAGCCUUGUGUUCUUAUUUUUAAUCCUUAACUUACUUUCCGACGGAUGGCGUCGCAGAUGCCGCAUUAGUUAUCACAGGAAGGCUACUCUAAAUAGCAAAGUAUCCAAUUAAGAAGCAACAGCCCCCUCUGCUGUUUUUAAAGACAAGUGAAUGAAAAGUAAUUUUAAAGAUAUUUAUUUAUGCUGUUUAAUUAUUAACGCACUUGUUGUCUUUUAUUUAUGUAUUCCCAUAUUUCCCUGAAAUUGUUUUUGAUGUAUUCAUUUCAAGUAAUUUUUCUCCUUAGUACAGGAUUUAUUUUCUCUCUUGGCAAGUAACCAGAAGCUUAGGAGAGUCAAAAAAGUUAAGCAGCUUCUGCAGUCAAUGUGAUUUUUAAUCUAGCACCUUUUAAAACCCUGCUUUUAUAGGUUUGCUAUUUAAGAGUGUGGAAAGUUUUUAAAACAUUUUUUUUAACACUGAUGUCAAUUCAAACACAGGUGUUACAGCAUUUUGUCAGACAAACGGAGCGCAUAUGCACCUUCUUUAAAAUAAAUGUUUUAUUGGACAUACA